AUGUGCUGGCUGCCAGCCACCUACCCGUCCUACAUCCGGCUCUUAGACGCCACCAUCGCCAUCGCUUCGGAACUGCGGUCUGUUACCCGCCCCCAGCCCACACCCGAGUUGGUCCUCGCCUCCCAGGGCCUGUGCUCUCAGGGGCAGGACAGCCUCCCAAACGUGCACUCGCACGCGAAGGGCUCUGAGCUGAAGGGACUGCCCUCGGGCGGGCGGAGGGGUGAGGGAGGCUGUGACGGGGCUUCCGUGGUGCCGGUGACCGUGACGGCUCCGUCUGCUUCCUCAGGAGAGCCCAUGAGCAGCGAGCACCUCCAUCGGGCGGUCAACGUGAACGACGAGGAGUUGCUGUUGGGAAUCCUCCGAGGAGGCACCGUGAAGGUGGACGUUCCCAACAGGCUGGGCUUCACGGCGCUGAUGGUGGCUGCACAGAAGGGGUACACCAGGCUCGUGAAAAUCCUCAUUUCUUACGGCACCGACGUGAACCUGAGGAACGGCAGCGGCAAGGACAGGCGAGUGCGGGGAGGACGCGCCGACGGCUCCCAGGCGCGUGUUCCUGGGCUUUGCCCGAGCGGUUCCUUUAGCAGCAGGCGCGAAGUAGAUGGUUUCAUUCUCCUUCGCUUUAAAGAGGAGUCAUUACAAAAACCCUCCGACGCCCGAGCCGACUGCACCAAGACCAGGACACCAGCUCCCGGCGCCUUCGGGCCGGGACAAGGAACCAGCCUGAGCUGCCCUGUGGCCUCCCAGGUGGACGCCAUGGACGCUGGCUCGGGCUGGACCCCCCUCAUGAGAGUGUCCGCCAUCUCGGGGAGCCAGAGGGUCGCCUCCCUGCUGAUCGAAGCCGGCGCCGACGUGAACGUGAAGGACAAAGACGGGAAGACCCCCCUGAUGGUGGCCGUGCUGAACAACCACGAGGAGUUAGUCCAGUUGCUGCUGGACAAAGGGGCAGACGCAAACGUGAGAAACGAGUUUGGCAAAGGCGUCCUGGACAUGGCCAGGGUGUUCGACCGGCAGAACAUGGUCUUUCUGCUGGAGGAGAGGAGGAACCGGCAGGAGCCCAAGAAGUCGCUGUCCCUGCUGUCUGCCGGCAGGACGCCGAGUGUGGCUGUGGAGCUGGCGAAGGAGAGCCUGCGCCUCUGAGCCAGGCGCUGGAGUAUUUAUUUAGUUGAAGAUUCAGUGACUUUUGUAACAUACGACCGUCCCCACUUUGAAAUACACCUCUUACCUGAG